UGAAGCCGAAGGUUGUUUCACAUGAACAAGAACCUGUUCCGGAGGAAAAUACAGCCGUGACAUUAGAUAACAAGCGGUUCUGUUAUCAAAAAAGGAGCUCAUUCUUCUUCUCAACAUCGCAGGAGCGGUUGCAGAGUCAUGGGGAAACACAACAGCAAGCUGGCCCCGGAGGUCCUGGACGACCUGACCAAAAACACUGAGUUCAACGAGGCAGAACUCAAGCAGUGGUACAAAGGUUUCCUGAAAGAUUGUCCUUCUGGUAUUCUUAACCUGGAGGAGUUCCAGCAGCUCUAUGUCAAGUUUUUUCCCUAUGGUGAUGCCUCCAAGUUCGCUCAGCACGCAUUUCGAACGUUCGACAAGAACGGCGACGGGACCAUUGACUUCAGGGAGUUCAUCUGUGCCCUGUCCAUCACCUCCAGGGGCAGCUUCGAGCAGAAACUCAACUGGGCCUUCAACAUGUACGAUCUGGAUGGAGAUGGGAAAAUCACACGCGUGGAGAUGCUGGAGAUCAUUGAGGCCAUCUACAAGAUGGUCGGCACAGUGAUCAUGAUGCGUAUGAACGAGGAUGGGCUGACCCCUCAGCAGCGCGUCGAUAAGAUCUUCUCCAAGAUGGACAAGGACCACAACGAUGAAAUCACCCUGGAGGAGUUUAAAGAGGCUGCCAAGUCUGACCCUUCCAUUGUCUUACUGCUGCAGUGUGACAUGCAGAAGUAGGGGGGGAGAGAGG